GUAGAAGUGGAACUAUCGAUGACUCCUACCAGUGGUUCAACAUGGCUAACAUCUGGGUACGGGGGCUCAAAUUCUCCAAUCCCACUACUCUGAGAAAUGUAGGUUUUAUUCAACGCGGCUUUCCCCAUGUUCCAAACGGACAUACUGGACAAGAUGGCAAUAUGGUUGAGAAAGCUACCAGUACUUUCACCAGGACACCAAAGCCUAUCUCCGGAGGACUCAUUCAAAUGUUUUCAUCUGCUCCAACAAAUCCAGGCAAUAAUACAGGAUCUGGUCCACACCAUGAUGAUAAACCGGGAAGCAAGGGUACAGGAAAACCAGCCAAGGAUACAGGAUCUGAUCCAAAGAAUCUCUAUGAAGAACGAGAAGCAAAAGAUAACUAGAAGAUUUAGCAUAGAUGUAUGCAUAGAGUAGAGUAUAAGUGCACUUGGUGUUCGUUUUAGUCAUGCUUAAUGACGAAUAUGUAUGCGUAGAUUACAGAUUAUGUUAUAAUGAAGGUUGUGUUAGUUUUCUCUAGCUCUGCUUAAGGAUCACAUGCUUGUCAAACUGCUUUAAGUCUUGCAAAGAUAUCACAAGUCAAUGUUCUCGUAAAGUGUAGAAUGAUGUGUCUUGAUUGUUCUGCCACAUAUUUGGCAAGCCUUGUGAUUAUAAAUAAAUGUUGAAUUACAAUUUU